AUGAUAUUGCUAACUCCACAAAUUAGAAAUCGUUAUAGUAGAUUUAAAAUCAUCAACAAAGCAAGAAGAUAAGUAUUUUUGUGCAAAGUGUCUAUACUAAAAGAUAGAUAAUUAAAAUUUGCAUUGCUUACCGAGACUAUUGACAUGAUUUAAGAUAUGAAAACCUAAACCUUGAGAGUCAACAAAGAGGAAAAUCAGAUUAGACUUAAUAAUAUGAAACAAUUAUAAUCAUCGGUAUUAGAAUUCAAAGAGUUAAUCAAGAGUGUUUUAUCUAAAAUAUUAAAUAAUAUUGACUAAUAGAUAAAUCAGAUUGAAAAAGAAAUUGACUUAAAGGAAUUUAAACCAGAAAUAAAGAAUUUAGAAGAAGAUGUUGAAAUUCUAUCAAAUAAUUAUAAAGGUAAUUACAAUUAUGUUAUACCUGUUUAAUAAUCUAGUUUAGAAAAUGAUAUCAAGUUUGUAGAUUCUCUGCAUUAAAUUUUAAAUUCAAUAUAGAAUUCUUAACAGUAUAUUUAGAUAAUAGGUUCAAUAGAAUGUAUUAAAUCAAAAAAAAAAAACUAAGAAGUAACAAAAGUAAAUUAAACUUCUUUGAGAGUAUUUGAUUAACACGUAUUAUCUCAAAAUAUUAUAGAAAGCUCCUAUUUCGUAUAAAUAAUGCAAUAAGCAUAAUAAGAGGAUUAUGAUGGUAAACAUUAAUUUAGAUGAUUAAGAAUUAAGCAAAUUUGCUUGCAUUGAUUGUAUUUAAGAAUUUCCGCUAUAAUAUAUAACACUAGAGGAAGCAAGCAAGAGAUGGAAUUUAUUAAAAGGAUAAUAAGAAGAUCUGAAUAAUCUAUAUAAUUUAAAAAGAAAAAACCAAUAUAAUCAUUCUGUGUAGAUCAUUAAGAAAUUAAAAGAUAAUUACAAUCAAACUCUUAAUGAAAUACUUAUUUCAUUGGAUAAAUAGCUAGAGAAUAGGAAUGAUGAUAUCUUUUCAAGUAAUAAAUUCAACAAUAAAGAAUUAUUGUAAAUGGAUGAAAAAUAAUUCCAACAGAUAAUCAAAUUAUUAAGUUCUAAAGAUUAAAUAAAACAUAUUAAAGAGUAAUAAAAUGCCUAGGACGUCUUCUAAUUGCCACUGUAUGAGUCACAAAAGAUAUCAAACAGCGGAAUGGCUUUUUAAGAAGAUUAAAAAAUAAAUAAUUAUUUAAACUUAAUCAGUCAUUAACAGAAAUAUGCGUCAUAAUUAAAAUAAAAAUUAAUAGUAAGGAUAGUGAUUUCAUUCAAAUCAACUACAGAAAUAAAAGAAGAUGGUAACACCCACCAUAUAGAUUUAUAUAGUUAUUCCUAUAAGAUAUAUGAGUAAUUAAUUGAAUAGCUUGUAAUAGAACCGAAAUGUAUAAACCAAAUACAGCAAAGAUAGAUUUUCUAUAUAUCGGGUUCUGAAGCUCCAUAGAUAAAUUAAUGA